AUGGCUGAAGAAGUUGAAGAAGAACAUUUUGAUCCUCGUACUCUGUUAAACGAUGAAGACGACCAAAAACUUCACUUAUUUAUUAAAGCUGGCACUGAUGGUCGAUCAAAGGGUGCAUGUCCAUUUUGUCAAGAUGUCUUUCUAAAAUUAUUGAUUAAACGCGAAGCCGAUAGUGAGUUUAGUUUUGAUGUCAUAACAAUCAAUUGUAAAACUCCACCAAAAGAAUUCAAAGAAAUAUCAAAAAAAUUACCUACACUCGUUCAUGGUGAUAUUGUCUUGAACGAUGUUGAUGAUAUUGAAGAUUAUCUUGAUUCGUCAUAUCCAAAUUAUAAAUUAUCGUUCGAUGACCCUGAAGCAUUAAAAAUACAAUCCAAUGUAUUUAAACGUUUUACAUAUUUAAUUAAAGAUGUUCAUACUAAUCCACAAACACUUUUAUAUGAAUUAGAAAAGAUCGAUAAAUUUCUUCGAGAACGCGGUACAAAAUACAUAUCGGCAAAUCGAAUAACAGGGCUUGAUUGUUCAUUGUGGCCAAAAUUGCAACAUAUUCGUGUUGCUGCUAGUUAUAUAUUAAAUUUAUCGAUUCCAGUAGAAUUUUCAGCUCUAUGGAAUUAUCUUGCUUCUGCUUAUGAAUUGGAUGCAUUUGUGAAGUCAUGUCCAUCAGAUCAAGAAAUUGUUUUACAUUGGACACGUCGUGAAUCCUCAAAAGAAUAUCUUCAAUUGACGAAAGAAGAGCCAAGAUUUUCUUUUGAAAUUCCUAAUCGUCGUUGA